UUUUGGCUGCAAAUGAUCUGAGGUGGCAAACCGCAAGCGUCUUCAAACCAUUUGUGGAGAUUCACUUAGUUGGUCCGCAUUUAGCGGAUAAGAAGCGUAAAAUGGCCACAAAAUCGAAAGCCGGCAAUUGGGCACCAAAAUUCAAUGAGACGUUUCAUUUCUUUCUUGGUAAUGAAGGUGAACCAGAACACUACGAGUUGAUGUUUCAAGUGAAGGACUAUUGUUUCGCUCGUGAGGAUCGUAUCGUUGGCGUUGGAGUGCUGCAGCUGGCGGGUGUUGUUGAACAAGGCUCGUGCGCUUGCUGGGUACAACUUGGACGACGAUUCCAUAUCGAUGAAACCGGAUUGAUUCUGCUCAGGAUACUGAGUCAGCGUCAAACGGAUGAAAUCGCACGAGAAUUCGUCCGUCUCAAGUCUGAGUGUCGUUUCGAGACGGAGUCCACUAUAGCAGCAUCUGUAAGCAAUCAGACG